UAGUUUUGCUUUCGGAGCCUGUGGCGGGGCGCCGGGGGCGGUUACUGCACACAAAUCGGCUUAGAGUGUCGGGGCUUUUCCAUGUCUUUCCUGCGGGAGAUGCAGGCCUCCGGGCUGAGAAGGCUUGUGCGCAUGUGGUGGAGGUUGGGGAAUUACCAGUGCUGGGGUGAGGACAUUGAUGUGAAGACAUCAUAGUGAUCGUUUACCUUGAUCACUCCACAAGAAACUCCACAAGAGAUGGAGAAAUUGUCACAGGAAGACACUGAGCCAUGGUAUUUUCAGCAAGUGUAUGCAAGAUACUGGAAGCACUAUGAUCUAGCCAUGCGCUGGAUGCAUAAACACCAGAAAGCCUACAGGAAAGCCAUGGAGUCCUUCUAUCACUUACCAUGGCAUCCUUUUGCAACCUCUCCAAGUAGCCGUUACUCAGAUUGGGAUGGGAAUGACCUACCACAUACUCCUAGCUGUUUUUCUAGCUACAGGCGGUGUGGCAGAGCUAAGUACCAUGGUGGAGCUCAGCAGUACAGGGUUGCCCACCCAGGAAGGGAGGAUGCUGAUAGGGACUCUGAAAUGCAGGAAGGCUCUGAGUCCGAAGAGGAGAUAGAAUAUGACUUGAGUAACAUGGAGAUCACAGAAGAACUUCGCCAGUUUUUUGCCCAGACAGAGAGGCACCGGGAAGAACUGCGGAAACAGCAGCAGCUGGAAGCUGAGCACCAAGAAGUAUAUGUGGAGGCUGAUCAUGACCUUCACGUGAAGACAGGGCGUUCUGUGCAGCCACCUGCAGAAAGACCUGGGGAGAGGCGAAUGGCAGAAAUGAAGAAACUCUAUGGCACUGGAGCUGCCAAAAUCCAAGCAAUGGAAACUGCCAUGCAGCUUACCUUUGAUAGGAACUGUGACAAAAAACAGCCCAAAUACUGGCCUGUUAUUCCUCUCAAAUUGUGAGUACCUGAACUGUGCUCUGACUUGGCACAGAGCUGUGGUGAUGUGUGCCUCAGUCAGUCUGUGAAGCUAAAAGAGUAAAUUGCAGUGUUUGCUUUUGCUUGGGUAAUUGGGGUUUUUUGGUUGUUCUUUUUUUCCUGUGGUGAGGGUAGGAAAGGGAAGGAGGAGAAUGAUUCUCUGCCCUGUUUUUCUUUAUACUAUCUGUCAGCAAUGCUCACAGUCCAUUCUACGUGUCUAUACUUGUCAGGUUGUAAAAGGAGAGACAGUAACAUUUUACCUGUCUAAAGCCAUAGUUUCUCUCAUUUGAUGCUAGUCUGCCUUGACUGUGCUUGCAAGAAAUGUAGCACUAUUCAUUUACAUUCAGUAAAAUUUUCACUGGGAAAAGUUAGAGCAAUGCCAUAAAAAGACAAUACAAAUUGUCUACCCUUUCCAUUUAGAAAAGUGAGUAGUCCCAAUUUUUUAUUAUUAUUUAAAAUAGUAGCUUUUGGAUCCGGUCUAACACAGCACAGCUUGAAAUGUUGUGUCUGCUAAUCUUUGAUUUUUGGAAACCAGGAGCCCACUGGCCUAGAUACAACAUAUCAAAUUACUAUAGCCCAGCCAUUUGAAUUAUUUUUAAAAGGUUUAUAGUAAGUCAGGAAGUUUUUCUUCCAGACUGAUACUUAGCUGGCAGAAAUUCAGCCCUAAAGCAAAAUUAUAUAGAAAAAAUGUUCUAAUGAAAGAGAACAACAAAAAAUGCCUGACACGGCACCCUCUGUUAGAGGUCUGUUUAGCAGAAGAGACCUCUGAGAAGAAAAAGCACUACUGGGGCCAAUGCCAACAGUGAUUUUUGCCAUUUUAAUAAAAAGCGUCUGAUUGCUGUGAUGCUUUAAGGAAAAAGAAGAACUAGCCUGAUAGCCUAAAGUUGCAUCCAUACACUGUAUGUGCAAGUUGGAAGCUAUGUAGCUGUGAGAGCUACGUUCAUUUCAGGUGCAGCUUCAGGAGCAAUCUUUGUGUUGUAUGCACACAACUUAAACAUAGGCAGAUUAGAUGUGCCUCUGUGAGAGCUCAUCCAUCUGCACAGGCUGUUUGGCUCCAGUUCUCUCAUCCUUUACUUCUGGUCAUUUGUGCUUGCCCCACUAAUAGUUGGUGUGGUGGAGUGAACCACAACUGUUCUGUUAAAGAGAAGCAGAAUUAGCCCCUUAGUAUUGGUGACUCCUUAGAAAAUGGUACCCUGGACACUCCUUUUCAAAACUUUCUGCAAAGCACUGCUACUACGUAAAAUUGUGUGCUGAAGAUCUGUAAUUUGUGUUAUGCAGCUUUUCCACAAAAGGAAAAAUACACUGUUUUAAUUCUCAUGAACAUUCAUGUAUCCUUUUGGGAACAGAGAAAGCCGCAACUGAAAUUCUUACUGUAAUUCAUGCCCAUGGGGUCUUCUGUGUCUCCGUAGCACAUGUAGUUUGUAACACACAACUGUAGUUGUUGUGCCUUCUGCAGCAGCCGGUUGCACCAAAGCAAAUCUGAAGUCUAGUUUGCAAUCUCCUUGUUCUUAUUAGGAUUACUGUGUUUUUAGAAGCACCACUUUUAUUUCAGUUCCACCUCCUUCAUUUUAGUGUGAUGAGAUGGAGUUAAAUAGAAUACUGACAUUAAAAGUCCCCAGCCUUCAAGACUUGUUACUGAUGUGACUAAUCUGUAAAACUCAUGUGUGGGAAGGGAGGGAAUAGAGUUGUGGGUGAUAGUCCUGUGUUUGUCUUCACUCUUGUUUUUGGAUGGGUUUGUCAGAAAUUCAGUGUUUUGUUUGGAUUUCUCAUUGUUGACCAAAUAAAUUCUUUUUGUAACAUCUUGUAA